AUGCAGGUCGCAGCCGCGGAGCAAUGGUGCUCGGAGCGUCCGGAAAGACGUCGGUGUUUGUGGAUUCUCGGAGGAGCAGAUGAAAUGCCGGGGAACAUGAGCAAAGAGGAUGCCCCGAGUCGGAGCGCUUCUCUCACGUUCACCAUCGACAACAUCCUGAACCUGAAGCAGCGGGGCACCGGGGACCGGGACGGGUCCAAGCGGGAGAGGGACGGUGGAUUUAAGGGUAAUGGACAAGCGCGGCACGACGAGGCGUGGGACGUCCGGAGGAGGCACGGCAGCGGAUCAGACCAGACAGCGCAGAGGAAGCCCAGAGUCCAACGCGCGGACUGCGGGGAAAACACCUCGCCGCUGACCUCCGGCUGCUGUCCCGGGGCGCAAAGUGCGCACACGGCGGAGGAGGAGGAGGAGGAGGAGGAGGACGCGUCCGAGCAGCCGCCCACAGCGGACUCUCAGGCCACGGUCAAGAAGAAAACUCGCACCAUCUUCUCAAAGAGACAGAUAUUUCAGCUGGAGGCGACUUUCGACAUGAAGCGGUACCUGAGCAGCUCGGAGAGAGCGUGCCUCGCCAGCUCUCUGCAGCUCACCGAGACGCAGGUCAAAAUAUGGUUUCAGAACCGCCGCAACAAGCUGAAGAGACAGUUAUCCACGGACAUGGAGGGGCCCGCCGAGCACCUCUCAGAGGCGGGGAAAAACGUGCAAUUACCGACUUUUUACAAAGACAGCAGCCUGCUGGGCGGAUGCUUGUUACCCAUGCCUUUCCCCGUCGUGUACCCGACUGCAGCCGCCGCGCCUUACAUCUACUUCUCCAACACUGGCAAAUAUUUUGGCCUGUUUGAUGCAGAUUGAUGGUUCUCUUGGUUCGGGAUCAGAUGUGUGGACACACGGACACGCGCGUUACCCUCUUCCGGCUGUAGGCCUUUACCUUUUUGUUUUUGUUGUGUACUUAAUACAAAUCUUCUUAAUCUAAUGUCAACAUAUCAAUUAAUCCAAGACAUGCAUGUGCCACUUUUUGUAUUAUUAUUAUUAUUAUAAUUAUAUUAUUAUUAUUAUUAUUAUUAUUAUUAUUAUUAUUAUUAUUAUCAUGCUUAAGGCGUUUGAAUAGAAAAGCUUAAUAUCCGAAAAGUGUGCGUGCGCAAUGUCAUCUGAACGAAUGUACGUUAACUCUGCAUUAACUUUAUUAUUACGUCACUCACGUUGUCUCCGUCGUCCCGCGUGAUGAACCUUAAAAUAAGUUUCUCUGGAGCAGCUCUCCGUUUCUAUUUAUAAGGCCUUAUUAUUAUUAUUACUAUACAUUUUUAUUAAAUAACGAAACACUUGUUUGUUUUCACCUUUCAUAUGACAGACUGUUUAAACUGUGACUAUACAGUUAGUAUAUCAUGAUGAAUUUUGCAAUAAAAGUAAUAUUUGCAAUUUUAAUGUGUUAACUUAAGUUGGAUGACAUUCGGACGAAAUAAGUUCUAACCAAAUUCAU